AUGUGUCAAGGCGGCCGACUUGAACCACGUGGAUGUGUAACCGAGUCAAAUCGCAUGCUCAACAUCGGUUCUACAAUCGAAGCCGGAGGUUACGUAGCCGUUUGUGAACUGGGAUCUGAUGGCUACUUGCAGUUCCGUUUCACCGCAUGCGUUGGUGAGGGCAAUCGACACUACAAAGUUGGGGAAACAUGGGCUGAUGCUCAGCUGAGCUAA